UGAGUCCGUAACACGGAGUAACGACUAACAGACGCUUUUUCAAUUCUCCCCCAAAUCAAAAACCCUAGAAAAACCUUCCACAUUCAGACAUUCUCUCUCCUUCUCCUUCUCCUUCUCCUUCAACCUUCAACCUUCAACCUUCAACCUUCAACAAUGUUUUCCACCGGCGGCAGAUUCCGUCAACUCUUAAAGAAAUACGGAAAAGUCGGUUUAGGAGUCCACUUCUCUGUCUCAGCUGCCUCCAUUUCCGGCCUCUACGUCGCCAUCAAAAACAAUGUCGACGUCGAAUCUCUCCUCCACAAAGUUGGCAUGGGCGACGUCAAAACAAGUGAACCAUCGGAGUCCCCGCAAAAUGACCCCGAGUUGAUCACCGACCUUCCAUCACCAUCUCCAUCUCCACCGCCAGAGAAGACGAGGAAUCGUACGGCUGAGCUCGCGGCUUCUAGUGGCGGCGCUUUUGCUCUUGCUCUUCUCUGUAACAAAGCGUUGUUUCCAAUUAGGGUUCCAAUCACCAUUGCUCUUACUCCUCCAAUUGCUAGGUUUUUGGCUCGUCGGAAUCUCAUUAGAAGUGUGUGAUCUUUUCUCAUCAGCUCGUACUAUUUUGCUUAAUCUUUUUUGGAAAUUUUGGUUUAGGUCUGAUAAAUUGGAUUUUAUAUAUCGGAAGGAAUCUGAUUUUGAUCUCUUUUGUUUCCGGAUUGCUGUGGAUUGUGGUUGUUUAAUGUCACUUCUGCUACAUACGCUCAAACGUAGUUUGAUCAAUAAUAGAACAAUUUUGUUGUCA